AUGGCAUGGCGGUCUCUUGGCAUGGUCAGAUCUGCUCAGGGUUGGCAAGCUAUCCCUUUGGCAGCUGGCUUUGAUGCGCGAACAAAAUUGUUCUUCAAGGUGAUUGACAUUGAUGUUGGCCAAGGCAUUGUGCAGGGCAACGAGCUAUCGCCCUUCUUCUUUGCCCUGUACUCCUGUGAGGUCCUGGGUCUCCUCGACGCCACCACUGACUACCGCUGCAAGAUCAUCAAAUACCUCGACGACAUUGUACUGAUGGGUCCCGCGGAGGACGUGGCGGCCGACGUCGAGAUUGUCAAGGCUCGUGCAGAGUCUGCUGGCCUUCAUUUGCAGCCCAGUAAGAGCCGCUUCUACAUGCCUCGCCACCAUCCCGCUUCCAUCGCUGCUAUCAAGUCUGUCUUGCCAGAUGCCGUGCGCGAGACGGCCAACACGGGCAUGACGGUCUUGGGAACGCCGGUUGGCCGUCGCGAGUGGAUGAAGAAGCAGCUGAACGACAAGGCGAAGCACAUUGCUGGCAAGCUCAAUGACAUGCUGACGACCGGUGUCUCGCUUCAGGCCCUCCUCACGGCCAUGCAGUACGUGCCUAGCCUCAUCAACCACCUCUACACGCUGCCCCCAAGUCUCACGUCGGGCUUGUCCGAGCUCUUGAACCGUGCUUGCAAGGACACCUUUGUCAAAGCCUUUUUUGCCAAGGUAAACCUGUCUGCACCAGCUGGAGCUGGAGGUCAUGACGUUACGCUGGAACAGCUCCUUGAGGCUCGCAUCUUCACGCGGGCCAACACCGGGGGCUUUGGCCUGCACGACUUGGUUGAGCGCGGUCCGGUGGCUUAUGUCUGCAACAUGGCCAAGCUGGCCACUCGCUACCCUCGGGUCUACGAUCGACUUUUGGAGGAUGCAUCGAGGGCUGCCUACUUUGAGGACCACGUGCAGCGAGCUGGCUUCCAGAUGGCCACGGUCAAGGACGCGGCGACCCAGCGACCAGCGGAGAUCAUUGCCCUCCGCUCCAAGGCGGUACUGGACGACCUGAUGGCCAAGUGCGCGCUGGACCUGCAGCAGGCAUAUCUGGCCUCGCGCGAGUGGGGCGUCAGCACUGUCUUGACCAUGCGGGGUCGGGACAAGUUGCGUCGCUUGAGCGACACGACCUUUGCCAUUGCGGUCGUGUCCAUGAUGGGUUUUGGCCUCCAUGAACUCAUCAACGUCAAGCCGACGGACAAGUGCCCACUCUGCAGCAGCAAGACACCUCAACCGCGACUGACCCGCGAGCACCUGCUGACCUGCCGUCCCAUCAAGCGUCACAACGCCCUUCGCGACGAGAUGGGCCGCCUGCUCAGGUACGCCACCCUCUCCCAUGUCUGGGUGGAAAAGUCUGGCUACAACGCCAACGGUCAGAGCUGCCGCAUCGACCUGCACUGCCGCAACCCCUUUCCCGGCGGCCUGCUUCGAUACCAGCAUCAUAGGCGAUGCGAAAAAGGACAGCGACGAGUGCCCCGGCUGCACUUGGAUCACGUGUGCCAAUGGGAAUGGCUGCGGCCAGGCGUUGAUGAAGACUUUCGUUGCCACUUGAGCCUCGCGCGCACCUGA